CGGGUCUUGGGUGUUUUCGUGAGGCUAUGCGGCUGCCGGAGAUUCGGAGGUAAGCAUGCGAUUUGGGACGUGAAGAUUUGCUUGGCGACAGGCACCGGUAGGACCGUAGGAGAUGGUCGGUGUCGGUUCAGUCGCCGAUUGAUCAUCAAGAAGGGAAACUCUCUUGCUUUUGGGUUUUGGGUUCCGUAUCUGAUUGAAGCUGUACAUGCCAUCCUCUAUUUCACUCUUAGUGCUUUCCAUAUCACAUACUCAUUCACUGUCCCUUACAAAACCAAAAGCUCCGGAAAGCAGAUCGGAAGCGACAUCGUCAUAAUCGACGACAUCAUCGCGGCAGCUUGACACACGGGCAUAGUCGAGACUCUGUCGGGAUAGUGGAUAAGACAGCAUCAACAUCAGGCGACUGCUAAUUGCACCAUGGCAAAAGCACCAACAGUCGUGAUAGUCGUCAGACAUGGAGCUCGACUGGAUGCCGCCGACAAAUCAUGGCAUCUCACAUCACCCACGCCGUACGAUCCGCCGCUCACGUACGGCGGUUGGAUUCAAUCAAGAGCACUAGGCCUACGCAUCGCCAGCUUGCUCCAUGAACGAGAGAAGGGUUCCGCCUCAUCAGGCACCUCGUCGCCCGCCGGAGCCACGUCUGAUAGCGCUCCCGUCAUCAAGGACUUCGGCAUUUCCGAAGGUGACUUGAAAGCCAGGAUGGCGUCGAAACCGCAAACAAAGCGUCGGAAGCACAAGGUCGUCAUACAUUCAUCGCCGUUCCAGCGAUGCGUCCAGACGGGUAUCGGCAUCAGCGCCGGCUUGUCGCAGUUCCAAGGCUUGCCAGCGAACUCCAGAAAGAGCAGCGAUGCGCGCAUCAAGACACUCAGCCAGCUCCGUUCCUCUCCCAGUCUGCGGCCAAGAGACGCUUCUGCAUCGCCUCAGUUACGCGCAGUUCCCGAGGACCACUCCGAGUCUCGCGAGUAUUUUCGUAGCUCACUGAAAGAGCAGAAGGAGCCUAAACCAUACACUCGCGCCACACUCCGCGUGGAUGCCUUCCUGGGAGAAUGGCUGUCGCCCGACUAUUUCGAAAUGAUCACUCCGCCGCCAAAUAGCACCUUGAUGGUCACAGCUGCAAAGGCCGAGCUUCUUCGUCAGGCUGACAACAUCGAGACGUAUACGCCGUCAUCACCUGUUGUGUCAGGGGGCAAUCUAUGGGGCAAUGGCCAAGCCGCACGCCAACAUUCAAGUUCCGUCAGCAAUGCACCCUCGUCCCUGUCACACGAAACAGAUGGUCCCCUGGAGAAUUGGCAGGUCUUUGCGCGAGACCUGCCGGCAAGAGAUCGCACAAACAGCCUUGGAACAAACAAAUCCGUCGAACACUUCAGACCCGCCGUCACAUCUUCCCCCACGAUUCAUAGGAAUGACGGCUCGUCCGGCUAUACUCCGCCAACCCCUACUUACGCCAUCUCUCCCGGCGAUCCUAUCCCCCGUGGUUACGUUGCGCAUGCUCGCGAUCAAUGCGUCAAAGUUGAUUACAAGUGGGAUAGCAUGCGUGAGCCGCGUUGCUGGGGAGAUGGCGGUCAGUUCGGCGAGGAGUGGAGUCAGAUGCACAAACGCUUCCGACAUGGCUUGUCCAGCAUGGUAGAUUGGUAUUCCACAACCCAAUCUGAGUCUAAGCAGCCCGCUCAGGAUGAUCGUGAAGCCGUUCCCGAAGCGAGCGAAGGCGAAGACGAGGACGAAGAUCUCGUUGUAGUCUUGGUCACGCACGGAGCCGGUUGCAAUGCCUUGAUUGGUGCACUUACAAACCAACCAGUGCUUCUUGAUUUCGGCAUGGCCUCUCUCACCAUGGCUGUGCGUAAAGAUGACCUAUCAACAAUAACUUCCACCAACGACCACUACUUGCCUGCGGACUCUCCAGCUUCUGGUAAUUCACCUGCUCUCAGUCCCGCUGACACUGUCCAACGUCCGAUACCCCGGCGACAGAGUUCCGUUGAUUCUGGGUUGUCGUCUCAUUACGAUCUAAAGGUUGUCGCUUCAUCGGAGCAUCUGCGCCCAGGUGUGGAUCCUACGAAAGCGCCUGUCCCAGCGACUGCAUCUCCUGUUCUCUCUGCCCAAACUGUGCCUCAAUCGCGCAGUCGUCGAUUGAGAUCUGCUAGUUCACAUGCAUCAGCGGGUGCUCCUGUCGACUCUAAUUGGAAUCUGCCAGAGCCAAGAGCCAGAAUUAACAGCUCGCUUGGCAGCAUGCGCCGUCCAUCACGACCAGUCAUCAGUCCUGUUGUCACUAGUCCCAUACUCUCUUCCCAGAUCAGAAAUGACUCGCCUACUGGCUUGUGGAAUGCGAGCAGUGCCAAAGACACCGACUCACCUAGCUUCCUCAAUACUUUGGCACGAUCAAACUCGUUAGCGGCACGUCUCUCCACUCGAGAGUCGACCACACCAGAGCGGUCUGUGUCUCCGAGAGCUGACUCAAGAUCUACACCAACUGAACCCAGCACAACCGCUAUCAUGGAGGAAGCAAAGUCAAGUGUCUCUGCGCUUCCUACUGUUGAGGAAACCCCACCACCCAAGAUAGCACGAUCUCUGAGUCAGAAAGGACUUUGGGGUAGCGCUCCAAAUGGCAGCACCCCUCGUGAUGCGGGAGUCCCGAAGAGGCGCUGGACGGUUGUACAGGAUUAAUUUAGCGAUUGCCUACUAGGCUCACGACUUACGGCGUUCCGAGGUUGAUAGAUAGAGUGUGCAUAAUCCGGCGUUAAUCAGCACGCUUCCACCAUCAUCAAAUGGUGGUGGACAUGUUUUCCCCUCAGCAAUGACACUUGAUUACACUCCCACG